CGUUCUCAACGCCGUCGCCGCCGUCGCCGCUAUCGGCCCCCACGUCGUCGACCGUGCAUACCCACACGAUGUCCGCUGCACCAUCUUCGCGUUCAAGUCCUUCCUCAACGGGUACACCGGCGCGACUGCCUUCAACGCGAGCUACUUCUCCACCCUCUAGCCCGCCCGCGAUAGAAGAGGCUGAGGACGAUGAAAAGGCUGUAGAGCAAGACCUGUUCAGUGUAAAGGCGGAGAUUCAGAGUGAAGAGGAUGAUGACACCGACACCCGCCUCGCACAACUCGAGAGCCUCAUCGAGAGGUCCGCGACAUACGUCCGGCUUCUCAAGGGGCAGAUGGACCAGGCUCGGACAGUCCGCGGAAAGCAACCAAAGAAGCCACAGUCCACGGCCAAAAGCUCACGAAAGCGAGCCCGUGUGGUAUCAGACUCCGAGGAUGAACGGGAGUCCAAGCGGGCCAAGGCGGGGGAGGCCCAUGAGAGCACUGCAGAUCAAGACGACUCGGAAGAGAGCCCAGCGGCGAAAAGUACCUUCAAGCCACCGGCCCUUCUCACUGGCGCCACGUUGAAGGAUUACCAACUAGAGGGCGUCGCGUGGAUGGCUGGGCUGCAUCAGAAUGGGAUCUCUGGAAUCCUCGCGGAUGAGAUGGGCCUCGGAAAGACUAUUCAGACCAUAGCGUUCCACGCUUUCCUUCGUGAACGCACUGUCGCCCCGUUCAUGGUCGUAUGCCCGCUUGCGGUGCUGGACAACUGGAAGCGCGAAUUCCAGCGGUUCGCCCCGGACAUCCCUGUCGUGAUGUACUACGGGAGCAAGGAGGAGCGUGCAGCGCUCCGACGAGAGCACUUGGUGAUGGACGCAGUGGACCUGGAGUACCACCAGAAAGCGAUGAAGUCGGCACCACCCCCACCUGCUCCUGCCCCUGCUCAAGGAAAGGCGACACGGGGCCGAGGCCGUGGGCGUGGGCGCGGACGUGGACGCGGUUCGGGUAAGAGCCGUGCAAGGAAGGACGACUCGGAUUCCGAGGUGGAGGAAGUAGUGCCGACGAAGUCUCGCGGGAAGGCUGCCGCACGAGGUCGCAGGGGUGGCCGGGCCGCCGCGAAGACUCCUACGCAGAAACGCAAGGCUGCAGAGGAGGCAGGUUCGAGUGAGUUCGAGGACUCGAUGGCCGUCGACGAGGGCGCUCCGUUGCCCGCAGAGCUGCGAAACAAGAGACCGCUGAAGCCGCACCAGAAGACGAACUUCCCGGUGGUGCUGACGACGUACCAGAUCAUUAUCAACGACCGCGCGGAACUGGCAAAGUUCCACUGGGGCUUCAUUGUUGUAGACGAGGGGCACCGGCUGAAGAACAUCGACUGCGUGCUCAUGCGGGAGAUCAAGAGGAUCCCGUCCGCGGCGCGCAUGGUGCUCACUGGCACUCCUCUCCAGAACAACCUCCAGGAGCUGUGGGCACUGCUGAAUUUCGUCCUCCCAGAGGUCUUCGGUGAUCUCGCCACCUUCCAAUCAUGGUUCGACGAGAGCAGGCUGAAAAGCAAGAUCACGUCAGAACGCGAGUCGAAGCUUAUCCAUUCCCUGCACGAUAUCCUGCGGCCGUUCCUGCUACGACGCAUGAAGGCAGAUGUCGAGAUGCAGCUACCACCAAAGAAGGAGUACGUGCUAUACACGCCGCUGACCGAGCAGCAGCGCGAGCUGUACGAAGUCGCAGUGCGGGGGGACAAGGCGCUCCGCCAGCACCUCAUCACGCAGAUGCAGGCCGAGACCGAACACCUGAACGGUGCGGAAUCACAGUCGGAGGAGGAUGAGAAGCCGUUGCACGAGGUGACGAGCGAGAAGAGGAAGGCCAAGGGAAAGGGCCUGCGCACGGGGGACCGGAAGACCUACGUCGAGGAUUCAGACGACGAGGACUACUUUCGGCGGCUGGACGAGGGCGAGAUGCAGGCGCGACAGGAGAGCGGGCGCAAGGAAGGCGAGCUCGGGCGCGAGUGGCAGCGUCGUGCCGCAGUGAAAGAGGUGAACAACAAGAACCUGAAGAACGUGAUCAUGCAGCUGCGCAAGGUGUGCCAGCACCCGUUCCUCUUCCACUGGCCGAAGGACCCGGUGACGCACGAGCUGGCGCUGAGCGACGAGCUGGUGAACGCGAGCGGGAAGAUGAUGGUCCUCGAGCGCCUGCUGGACGAGCUCUUUGCGCGCGACCACAAGGUGCUGCUCUUCAGCCAGUUCACGACGAUGCUUGACAUCAUCCAGGCAUGUGACUGGGCCCAGGAGCGCAAGAACUGGCCGGUGUGCCGCAUAGAUGGCAACAUGGACAUGGAGUCGCGCCGGGAGGACAUCAGGCGCUUCCAGGAAGGCGGGGACGCGCCCGACGCGCCGCGACUCUUCCUCCUCAGCACGCGCUCUGGCGGCCUCGGCAUCAACCUGGUCGCCGCUGACACGGUCAUCUUCUACGAUCAGGAUUGGAAUCCCCAAGCGGAUGUGCAGGCACAGGACCGCGCGCACCGUAUCGGCCAGACGCGGCCAGUCCUGAUCUUCCGUCUGCUGUGCGCGCACACGAUCGAGACGAAGAUCAUGCAGCGGGCGACAGAGAAACGCCAGCUGGAGGCGCUGGUCAUCGCCAAAGGCGAGUUCAAGAACCCGACCGCGGCGAAGCGGAGCAAGAACCAGGCGCUCGCAGAGCUCGCGAUGGAAAUGCACCGGCUCGAGGGCGAGAAGAUCCAGGUCGUGUCGAGCACGGAGGCGGGCAAGGCGAGCGUGAUCAGCGACGAGGACCUGAACACGCUGCUCGACCGCCGUCCGGAGGUGUUCGCGGACCGGCAGAAGGGGUGGACGUCGGCGGGGCAGACCGAGGAAGCGGCAGCGGAGGUCGUGGAGCCGGACGCGGCGGCGAAGACGAAGACGGCGUUCGCGGUGUACGAGGCGCCGGCGAACGAGGGCGGGGUCCUGGGGAUCAUGGACGAUCUGGACGACGACGGCGACGAGUAGGUGGUUGAGAGCACCUGUGGUUCCUCUUUCCUCGUCUGCACUUGAACCGGCUCUGCAUAGUCUCUUUGGAAUUGUUUUCGUCCUACUUUAGUAUCUGCACUCGCUUACCACGCUCUGAAUCCUGCAUCGCACUCGAACUGUAUAUACUAGCUGUAUAAUACGCUAUCCAUGGAAGUACACUAGUUUUCUCAUCACAUUCUUCUCAUUGC